AUGGACGAUGGAAAAAGGAAUGGUUUCCAUCAGCGACCAGCGAUGGCACUAGGCCGCGCUACUUGGCGACGUCUUAUCGCCGUGGCCGGCGCAGCCAGUCAAACCACUAAUGGUGAGAGCAGUUUAGAAGGAGAAGAAAGCGAAAUCACAGAGUCGGAGCUCGUAAAACUUAACAGAUUCGUCGAGAACUGUAUUCCUGUAGUGACGACUUAG